AUCAAACCUCGUCUCUGAGGAGCCUUCAUUCACCAAAUCUCGCCGAGCUCUGCCGGUUAAUUAUUAGCUGUUAUCUCGUACUUAGUACCGGAGCGUGGAGUUUGGAGUCUGAACCUCAAAUCCAGAUAAACACACACACACACAGAGAGAGAGAGAAAACUGAAGGAUCAGGCAGCCAUCCUUUCUCUGGCCCGCAGACCUUUAACGCGCACAGCACACAGCGAGCCAACCAUGCUGCGGCUUGCUGGACUUUUACUAUGUGUCACCUCCUUUUUAAGUACCUCAUCCCUUGGUGCGAAUGCUGGGCCUCGGCUGGAUAAUGACAAACUCUACAGAUAUAGCUACAGCGCUGAGGUCGGGCUGAACAGGCCGACGGGAUCCACUAGAGGGAACACUGGAUUCAGGAUUAGCAGUGAUGUGGACAUCAGCCUUGUCUGGAGGAACCCAGAGAUCCAGGACGAACAGCUACUUCGACUGCAGAUUUCAAAUGUUCAAGUUGAAAGUGCUGGAAAACGCUCUCGCAAAAACAACAUCUUCCAUGGCAGCUCAGCAGAAAGCAUUCUGGGUAAAGUCAGGCUUGAGGCACUUCAGAGGCCCUUCAUGGUGCUGUGGAAGAUGGGCAAGAUCAGAAGCCUGUACACACAUAAGGCGGAGCCUGCUACCAUCAAAAACUUGAAGAGGGGUGUGGCCAGUAUGCUAAUGAUGCAGCUAAAGUCCGGGAAGAUGUCAGAGGCUGAUGCUUCGGGGAAAUGUUUAGUUGAGUACAAAUCUACAAAAGAUCAGGUGAUCCGUACAAAACACUUGGAUACUUGCAAAACACAAGAGAUGGGAUUCACUACACACAGCCCUGUAUUGGGCGUCAGUGGGAAGUCUGCUUCUGAAACAGUAAUCACUCUGGAGAAUGGCAUCAUUAAGUCUGCUGAUGUUGAAGAAACACACAUCUUGUCCAUCAAUGCUCGUCAUCAAGCUGCAACUAAAGUCCUGUCCAGGCAGUCAUUGACGCUUAAAAAGAUUGAGGUUGGCCCAACAGAAGUAGCGGGUAAAGAUGCCUCAAGUGUGGUGAAGUCUCUGGAUGACAAACUCAUGUCUGUUGGAGUCAUGGUGGAGAAAGUUAAAACCAAAUGCAAGGGAUGCCCCAAUCUAAUGGACACAUGGAAAGCGGUGAGACCUCAGCUGGAGCCAGAAUCACUCUCUAAAGCAGAAGCCCCAAGGAGCUUCCUCGCACUCUUACACAGCCUGCGCAAAGCCAGCAAGUCAGAGAUCCUGACUUUACUGCGCAACUGCAGCAAGACUGUACUGCCUCAGCUGGUGGAUGCAGUAACAUCAGCUCAGACUCCAUCUUCUCUCUCAGCCAUUCUGGAGUUCCUGGACUUCAGCAAGAAGGAAGGUUUAGUGCUGCAGGAGCGCUUCCUGUAUGCAUGUGGCUUUGCUUCUCACCCGACAGAGACCAUGUUGCAGUCCCUGCUGGAUUUGUCUCAAGGAAAGAUAGGUAGUACAGAAAUCAAAGAGUCAAUUGUGAUUAUCAUGGGAGCUUUGCUAAGGAAACUCUGUCUGAAAGGAGCAUGUGAACUACCGACAGUGCUUAAGGUGAAAGAGAUGCUGUUGGCAGGGCCUGACAGCACUCAGGUGGAGUCCGAAGUUCAGAUGUACCUGCUAGCAUUGAAGAACGCUCUUCUGCCGGAGGGUGUUCCUGUUUUAGCCAAAUAUGCUGAGUCUGAGGUGGGAGCGUUCAGCACCAUUGCCAUCACAUCGCUGCAGAGAUACGACCCUCAGCUGAUUACACCCGAGGUGAAAAAGACACUGAACCGCAUAUACCAUCAGAACAAGCAUAUUUAUGAGAAGAACGUUCGUGCCGCGGCAGCUGAUGUGAUUAUGAGCAGUGGUCCAUCCUAUAUGGAAGUGAAGAAUCUUCUACUCUCCAUUGGACACCUGCCACAUGAGAUGAACAAAUACAUGCUGUCUAAAGUCCAGGACAUAUUGCGCUUUGAGAUGCCAUCCUGUAAAUUGGUAAGACAAGUGAUGAGGGACAUGGUUUCCCACAACUAUGACAGAUUCUCAAAGACUGGGUCAUCCUCUGCUUUUUCAGGCUUCAUGGCACGAACUUCUGAUCUCACUUGCACCUACAAUUUGGACAUCCUGUACUCUGGCUCUGGCGUAUUGAGGAGAAGCAACAUGAACAUUUAUGGUCAGAGCAACGAUGCCCUCCUUCAUGGCCUUCAGGUGACAAUUGAAGCACAGGGUCUAGAGUCUCUAAUUGCAGCCACGCCGGAUGAAGGAGAAGAAGAACUGGAGUCUUUUGCUGGAAUGUCUGCUCUGCUGUUCGAUGUGCAGCUCCGGCCAGUGACCUUCUUCAAGGGCUACAGUGACCUGAUGUCCAAGAUGUUCUCCAUGUCUGGAGAUCCAAUCAAUGUGGUGAAGGGCCUUAUUCUGCUGACAGACCACUCACAGGUGAUUCCUCUACAGUCUGGUCUAAGAGCCAGUGCUGAGUUCCAAGGUGGUCUGGCCAUCGAUAUCUCUGGAGGGAUGGAGUUCAGCUUGUGGUACAGAGAGUCUAAGACGAGCGUCAACAACAGGGGAGCGUUGGUCGUCAUCGGUAAUGUGACAGUGGAUACAGACUUUGUAAGCGCUGGAGUGGAAGUAGGUUUUGAGACCGAGGCCACCCUGGACUUCAUCACCACUGUGCAGUUCUCGGAGUACCCCUUCCUCGUCUGCAUGCAGAUGGACAAAACCACUUUCCCCUUCAGAGCGACCGUGUCCAAGCAGGAGAAACUGCCCUCAGGACAGACUUUCUCCUCAAAGAGGAGCAGAGAUCAGCUGGUGCCAGGCUCAGAAUUUCCUCUACACCAGGAGAACUCCAACAUGUGCAAGAAAGUCUUUGAACAGGCCUGGUAGACAAGCCGGGACUGCACUGGAUGAUUUGGCUUCCAAACGUAAAAGGUGUUCAUGCAAACAAUCUCAUUACAUUUUGUGUCUGUAUGUGCUGAAACCUUGAGUCAGUCAGGCAUGCAAAGGGUUGUGCAGUUUUUUAAACCCUAACCCAUUUUGGGUUCCCCAAAAAACCUUUCAGUAAAAAGUUUGUUCUUCCACUAUAAAGUGAAGUAAAAAGGUUCCAUGGAUGUUAAAGGUUCUUGAUAGAACCAUGAAUGCCAACAAAGAACCUUUAUUUUUAAAAGUGCACUAUAAGAGUCCUUAUAUGUCCAUCCCUGUUUUCUCCAUUUAUGAAUGAUUAGCACAAAUUCAAUUUAUACUUUUGUCCAUUUUUAUAAAUUAUAGGAAUGUAUAAAAAUGUUGUCAGGAUAACCAAUGGCACUCUCGUCAUGUGGCAGAAUUAUUCGACCCAUAAAAACAAAAGUGAAAUAUUUAUGAAUGAUAACAUUAGGCCCUAUAGCAUUAUAACAGAACUGUGUAUUUGAGGUGCUACUGUGUUAUUUAUUUAAUCAGAGGGCUUUCUGACACACUUCAUCCCUCCACAGGCAGUUCAUGCUGUCUGGUUUCCAUGAUUACACCAGAUGUUUACAUUCUUGGGAAUAUUUAUGGCAGUCUUGUACAUGGGAAGAUAAUCAACCAUGAAUAAAGUUUUUGUCUUUUUUGGAUUUUUGUGUCAUCUUUUUUUGGCGUAAAAAUCAUUAAAAGUGUAACUUUUAAUAAUAUAGAAUAUAUCUUUAUCUAUUACGAUGUGACUAUCAUUUUAAUAGAUCAUCUACUGAGUUUUUAUUAAGCUAAAAUAAGGAUAAAUGCAAACUAUUUAACUUGUUUAGCCCUUUGUCAGCAUAUCUGAAUUAAUUUAAAAUAUAUUUACGUAAAACAUUGGUUUGAAUAAAUCUAAAUGAAAACAAAUUAAAUAUACACAAUAAUACACCUUGUGAGGUUUUGGAAAAUGAAAGUUGUUUCUUCUAUUUAAUAGUCCUGAGAACAACAUAAAAAACAACAAUAAUAAUAAUCCAUCUACUUAAGUUCAGUUGCUGCCAUCAAUUUUUAAGUAUAAUUGUCCAUAUCGGCUAUAAGCCAUUUCAACUUAAAUAUAUUAAACAGACUUUAAAAAAAAAAUUGCGAGUUGAAUCUCAUAUUGGUUAAAUUUGGUUGGAAAUUGGUUAAAAUUAAUUUGAUGAGUUACAGUAAUGAAGACGUAUGUAGCCAUGGCUUGCUUAUUUAUUUUACAGUUAACACAGAACAAGUAUAACACUUUAAAAGUAUCAGAGUAAAAUCUGAAUUGUUCUCUAGCUAUAUUUCCUGUGUUGAUGCAUUUCCUCUUGCAAAAGGAAAUCAGGCCUCAGCUAUGGCUUCUGUUUACCUACCAAAGCUGUUUUAUUUCAUUUUUAUUUAAUUUACUGAAUUCCACCUCACUUCUCAACCUUUGAUGAAGAUCUUUAGGUAUGCCGGUGUGUAACACAAAUACAUUUUUAUAAUACAGGAAACUGCCAUGCUGGCAUUGUCCUUUGACCCAUGUUCUUUGACCUGCUCUUUGAGAGAGUGUUUUAUUGGCCAAAACCAUGUAAAGUCAUUACAGUCAUUAGUAAUUAGAUAUCAAUUUGAUAUCAUAGACUGUAAAGUCUGAUAUGAAUAAACGUUAAAAUACGUUAUUUUAAAAGGGCGCGCCACGCUAGCUUUUAAAUGCCCUCAGUAAUAGACAUGAACUAAAAACUCCCAUUCUGAUUUCAUCUGCUCUUCAUUUAUAAUUAAAUGCUGAAACGUGUGUAAAUAACAUAAAUAACAAGCGCUUUUUAUAAAAACUUACUUCGUAUGAACACAAUAGUUGGAGUUCCGCUUGGUGGCGGCUGGCAACUGAAAACCAGCAACUGAGCUCUCGUGGACAUUCCUGUAGCGCGGCGA